AUGGCCUCGACUUCCCGGGCGAGCAGCCCGUUCAUACGAGAUUUGCUCAUUGUGGUCGUCGACGCAUGGCACGCCUACCGCAUUCCCAUUCUUCUGGCCACGUUUGCUGCCCUCGUCUCGCUGCGCAUCUACCUGCACGUGGCCGGCUCAGGUGACGAUAGGGAAGGUCUGCUCAUCUUCCCCAAGAUCUACGACAACACGACCGUCGUCGACGAGAAGAAGAAGCUGCAGCAACAAGAACAGCCGCCGUCGGUCCAAGAGGACGUCAAAAUCGCCGUGCUCCAGCAGACCAAGACCAUCUCCUACCCCGGCUCCACGAGCGACAAGAAGACGAUCACCCCGACCGCGACCAAGAAAUCCUCAACUGCCAAGACGGCGAAUGCGACCACUCCUUCCUCCACGACCACCAAGGCUGCGGCUGGCCCGCGCCGUAUCAAGGGCGAGCUUCCAAAGGGCAACGGUGCCGCUGCUGUCGCUCGCGUGCCCACGCGCAUCCAGACAAUUGUCUUUUACUCGUCCAUAACGGGUGCCACGGCCAAGAUUGUGCGUGACUAUGCCACCGAGCUGAGCACUACGCUGGGCGAACUGAAGCCGGAAGGUGGCAGCGACAGCAAGGGCAACGUCUUUGCGCCCGUUGAGGUUCUGGACAUUGCCGAGGUAGACCUGGACGAAUACUUUAUCUCGCCGCCCAAGGAUGCCUCCGACGCCGCCUCUGGCCGAACCACCGACUACCUGUACCUCUUCCUCCUCCCCAGCUACAACAUUGACUCCAUCAACGACACCUUCCUUGAGCACCUCAAGGAGACACACCAUGACUUCCGCAUCGACACCGCACCGCUCGCGCCCCUCCUGGGCUACUCCGUAUUUGGCUUUGGCGACCGCGAAGGCUGGCCCACCGAGGACGAGGGCUUUUGCUUCCAGGCCAAGGAGGUCGACAAGUGGAUGGCCAAGCUGACAGGUCGCAAGCGUGCCUUUCCCAUGGGCGUCGGAAACACGAAGACGGACGCCAUGCUGCGGCUGGCCGAGUGGUCCGAGGGCGUUGUCGACGUCCUGGGCCUUGUCGCCCGCACGGGCAGUCUCGGCACUGGUGUGCGGGGAUCGGGCGAUGCCGUCGAGACGGACGAUGAGGACGAGGAUGAGGCGAGCGACGACGGUAGCGAUGCCUACGACGACGGCAGCAACGACGAUGACGGCGCUGCUGAUGCCAACGGCGCGGCCUACGACAACGACGACGUCCUGUUUGGCGGCAAUGCGGCGCGCAAUGCCAACGUCAAACGGCUGAAGAAGGCCGGCGUCAUCGACGACGUCGAGGACCUGGGCCGCCUGCUGCGGAGCUCCAAAGAGGACGACGCUGUUGAUGACACUGCGGUUGACGACGUCGCCGAGGUGCCUGGCACCAACGUCAACAAGGCACCCAUUGCCAUCGACUUUACGACAUACGGCGCGAAUGAUAGCAGCACCACCAACGGUGGUCCGCGUCGCACCGGCCGGAAAGCGGCUGCCCCUGCACCAAAGGAAAUGGUCGCCAAGGAUACACCGACAUACAAGUCUCUUACCAAACAGGGCUACGCUAUUGUCGGCUCGCACUCGGGCGUCAAGAUCUGCCGCUGGACCAAGUCCGCCCUCCGUGGCCGCGGCUCCUGCUACAAGUACUCCUUCUACGGUAUCAACUCUCACCAGUGCAUGGAGACCACCCCCUCGCUCUCGUGCUCCAACAAAUGCGUCUUCUGCUGGCGCCACGGCACCAACCCCGUCGGCACCACCUGGCGCUGGGUCGUCGACCCGCCCGACCUCAUCUUUGACGGCGUCAAGGCCAACCACUACCAAAAGAUCAAGAUGAUGCGCGGCGUGCCUGGCGUGCGCGCCGAGCGGUUUGCCGAGGCCAUGCGCAUCCGCCACUGUGCACUGUCGCUCGUUGGCGAGCCCAUCUUCUACCCGCACAUUAACGAGUUCCUGGGCAUGCUGCACAGCGAAAACAUCUCGUCGUUCCUCGUCUGCAACGCCCAACAUCCGGACCAGCUCGCCGCCCUCCACCACGUCACCCAGCUCUACGUGUCCAUUGACGCCUCCAACCGCGAGACGCUGCGCAAGAUCGACCGUCCGCUGCACCGCGACUUUUGGGAGCGCUUCCAGCGCUGCCUCGCCAUCCUGCGCGAGGUCCGCUUCCGCCAACGGACCGUGUUCCGCCUGACCCUCGUCAAGGGGUUCAACAUUGACGACGAGGUGCAGGGCUACGCCGACCUGGUCGAGCAGGCGCUGCCCUGUUUUGUCGAGGUCAAGGGCGUCACCUUCUGCGGCACCUCGACGUCCGCCGGCGUCGGCCUCACCAUGGCCAACGUGCCCUUUUACGACGAGGUGUGCGAGUUUGUGACGGCCCUCGAGAAGGAGCUGCAGAGCCGCGGCCUCGCCUACGGCCUGGCCGCCGAGCACGCCCACAGCUGCUGCGUGCUGCUGGCGAGCGAGCGUUUCAAGCGCGACGGCAAGUGGCACACCGUCAUUGACUACGACAAGUUCUUUGCGCUGCUGCGCGAAAAGGGCCCCCAGGGCGACUUUGCACCCGAGGACUACAUGGGCCCGCCGACGGCCGAGUGGGCCACCUGGGGCCGGGGCGGCUUUGACCCACGCGACCAACGUGUCGACCGCAAGGGACGGCCCAUUGAGCGGUAG